AUGGACAAAGAGUGGAAUAAAUUUCCAAGGUUUAGUCAAGAGUACAUCAACGGUGUUACUCAAUUUUUAGACUUUUCCUACACUAAUGGAAGACCUCAAGAAGAUGAGCAUUUAUGCCCUUGUGCCAAGUGCAAAAAAUUGUAUUGGAAAACAAGAGAUAAUAUUAAGGAUCACUUAAUAGCCAAAUGUUUUCUAAAAGGUUAUGACAUAUGGUUGCACCAUGGGAGCAACUACAAAGAUAGGGAAAAAGCACAUGGAGUUCAUGAAGGUCCCAAUGACGAUGCUAGAAAGUUUUAUAAUUUGAUUAAAGAGGCGGAACAAGAAUUAUACCCUGGAUGA